AUUCCCCCAUUCCCAGGUGUCAGUGGUUCCGUCUCCAAGCACACUCUCUGUUUCUCCAUCCUCACGGCGUUCCGGAGCUCCAUCCUGGCUUCGUUCCACGUGGAGCUGCAGCUGCAGCCUCAGCUCCGCCUCGGGCGCCACUCGGUGCCCGCCUUCAUCCCCCUGGAGCGCCUCGCCCGAAAAUUCCUGCCCCGGGAUCUGAGAGCCUUCCUGGAGCUCCUCUGCGCACACCUCAACGGCUUCAUGGGACGGAGGCACCAGCUGGAGCAGCUCCAGGAGCGUUUUCCCGACUGUCUCGUGGGCGCUCCCCAUGGGAAUUCCCUGUGCAAUCUCCUGAGUUUCCGGUACCGCGUUCCCGGGAAAAAUCGGGAAUUGCCAGAAUUCCGAGCGCGGCUCCUGUACCGGGAUCCCUGCAGGACCCUCCCCAGUGACGUCACUGUGACCUGCGCCUCGGAUUCCGCAGCAGCCGCAGCUCACACGGAGCUUUUCCGACGCCUGGACCUUCCCGGAGCCUUCGAAUCCAUGAAAUCCUUGGAAUUGCGGCCCUGA